CCUGCACCUCCAAUCAGACCCGCACCGACGACAGCACCCAGACGCGCACCAAGGCCAUCAGCAAGGUCGGCAUACAAAGCACGCAGGGCACGCAAGGCUCGCUACAGACGCGAGCCUGUUGCCGACCAGCCCUUUGGACUCAAAGCAUCAGGUGUUGAGUUCAUGGCAACGCACCGCAGAGUUCGCAAACUCAUGGCCAUGGCGGCAGAUCGUGGCGACGAUGCAGUGGCUGUCUUGAUCGACUGCUUCGCUCAAGCAGUGCAAGCUCGUGGCGCGAAAAUGAGCAGAGAUGAGCUGAACAGAGUGUGCGAGGUAGCAUGCGAAGCGCUUGAGAGGGAUUACCUGACUGGAGAAGGAAGAGACAUCGUGGAUCUCGUCAUGGACUUGGUCCAACAAGCUCGCUACAACAGAUACCCAACCCACUUCCAUCCAUUUGUCAACAACCCUACUGGAGCAAGUUUCGGCAUUCGUUCGAAGCGUGUCAGAACAGCCGUCAACCAAGUCAAGGUUCUCUAUGCUCAAGAAGCCAUGAGAGUGCCCAAUCCAUCUCUGGCGCGUGAGGUGAAGAAGGCUGAAUACCGACUGGCCGACGUGAUGGGCCGACAUGCCAGAAUGGACGGUACGAUGAACAAGACGGAGUACGAGUUUCUCCGUUCCAAGUUUCCAUGGCGCAGAUUCGACUAUGCCAGCGAGUAUGACGAGAUCAACCCUGAACGACUGGACGUGCUGGUUCUGUUGCAGUCAUGGAUCUGA